AUGAUUUCUCAAUUUUUUAUUUUAUCUCCUCAACGAGGUGACACGUUAAUAUUUCGUGAUUACCGUCAUGACGUUCCUCGCGAUACCUCUGAUCUAUUUAUUGAUAGAUUAAAAACUUGGCAUAAAGAACAUGGCCCAGAUCAAGAUCCACCACCAAUCUUUAAUGUCGACGGUGUUCAAAUUUUGUUCACAAAUAUGCAAGGAUUAUAUUUCGUAUGCACUACGAAAUUUAACGUGUCUACUUUCAUGACUUUUGAAUUACUCGACCGUAUUGCUGGUUUAAUUAGAGAUUUUUGUGGAAUAUUAAGUGAGGAAUGUGUGCGACUGAAUUCAAGUUUGAUUUACGAAUUAUUAGAUGAAGUAAUUGAUUAUGGUUAUCCUCAGACAACAUCAACCGACCACCUAAAAUCUUUAAUUUACGAAGAGCCUAUACCUGUCAAAAAAGAGAAUAUAAUAAUGAAUUCUCUAGCAAAAUUAAAGGCUCAUGAGUCUUCCAGCAAUAAGCCAAUCAGUAAACCAGUUACUCAUUCACGUGAUGAAGGAAAAUACAAGCAGAAUGAAGUCUUUAUUGAUAUUAUCGAACGACUUGUUGCUUCUUUUGCUUCCGAUGGGAUGACGAUCCAUUCUGAAAUCAAUGGAUCAAUACAAAUCAAAAGUUAUCUACAAGAUAACUCUGAGAUUCGUAUAAUCCUCAAUUCCAAUAUAAGCCAUGGUCGAGAUACUUAUCAUACUGAUGAUCGGUUUGGGAUUAUGUUUGAUGAUUACAAGUUUCAUGAAUCAGUGGAUUCGUCAAAUUUUGAAAUGCACAAACAAUUGGUUAUAUUUCCACCUGAAGGAGAAAUAACCGCUAUGUGUUAUCGAAUAUCCGGCGAUGUUAGUUUGCCAUUUCGGAUAUUUCCACAAAUUUUGGACGUUCCAGGAAGUCCAAAUAAAAUGGAUGUUAUUAUUCGAAUUCGGGCAGAUUUUCCCGAAGAUAAGAUUGCGACAAAUUGUACAGUAAUUGUACCUUUACCGCAUAUUACUCAAAGUGUAUCAAAUGAACAUCUGGAUGGAUAUGCAGAUCAAUCAGCCAGAUAUGAUAGUCGAGUAAGAAAGGUGUUUUGGACUAUUAAUAAGUUAAAAGGUGGUACUGAGCAAUCAUUCAAAAUAAAGGUUACGGGUGCAAAUCAGUUUUCCCCUGCAGCCCAUUUGGAAAUAGGACCUAUCAACCUUGAAUUUGAUAUACAAAAUUACACAUCUUCUAGCAUUCAAAUUCGUCGUCUUAAAGUUUUUGAAAAGAGUGAUUCACUACCACCACAACGAUGGGUUAGAUAUUUGACUCUCGCUGAAAGUUAUGUAUUUCGUAUUUAA